GGCAGAGGGAGGAGGGCAGGAUAGGAUAAAAGCAGCCGGAGAGCUCCGCACCGCCUCUCCGGGCUGAGCCGCUCCCGUAGAGCCGCGAGGGAGGGAGGGCAGCUCCGGCAGGAUGCUCCCCAUCGCACUGGAGGUGCUCGGCAGCCUCGUAGUCUGGUUGUGCCUCUAUGCUGCUUUCUGCCUCUGGAACAAGCAGCGCUCCCCCGAGUGGAACUGCCGUCUGGUCACCCUGCUCCAUGGGGCCAUCGCCACCUGCCUGUCCGGGUACAUCGCCCUCUGGGAUGGCCCUUGGCCCCUGAGCCAUGCAGGUUCACCAAACACCGCUCUCCAAAUCCACGUGCUGUCCCUGACGUUGGGUUACUUCAUCUUCGACCUGCUUUGGUGCUUGUACUUCCAGACAGAGGGAGACCUGAUGCUGCUCCAUCACACGCUGAGCAUCUGUGGCAUGGUGCUGGUGCUGGGGCUGGGCAAGUCUGCCACCGAGGUCAAUGCAGUGGUGUUUGUCAGUGAGAUCACCAACCCUCUGCUGCAGACCCGCUGGUUCCUGAGGGAGAUGGGACUCUACCAUUCCUUCCUGGGGGAGGUGGUGGAUUUCUGCUUCGUGCUCCUCUUCCUGGUGCUGCGCAUUGGCGGAGGAGCUCUGAUCAUGUAUGCUAUGGUGACGGCCCCAGAUCCCAACUGGAUCCUCAAGGGGGGAGGCCUGGCUAUGUACAUCGUGUCCUUGGGGUUCAUGGUUGAGAUCUGCCGCUUUGUUAGGAGGAAGAUGUUGAAAAAGUACCAUUCCUGGAUGCACCUGAAGAGUGCGGAUGCACCUGUGAAAACAAAUGGGCACUUGGCAGCUCACUGACAGUGGCUGUGGAUGGGGGCUCAGCUGCUGGAGCCUGAAACUGUGACAAGGGCUCCUAAAAGUGGUGUGGAACUGAUAUCGUGGCAUUGGCCCCAAGCCGUGGGGAAGAUGGAUGUUCACUCAAUGUGGGAAAGCUGACCAAAUAGGGAUUUCAGUGGGAACAUAAGGAACAUGGCCUGUUUGCUGAGCUGCUGUCCCUGACUGCUCCCUCUUCCAGCCCAAAAUGCACAGCCUGCAGUGGGGCUGUGCUGGAUCCAUCCAAUCCACAGCCCACAGUGCACAGCCUGGCUGAUGUGUGAUUGUGUUGGAGGCAGUGUUAUCUCACAGUGUACUUGGAAUAUCUGAUCUGGAACAUCUCACCCUCUCCCCAGUGGAGCCAGGUAGGGGUGUGACCCAGCCAAGAUGUACUCAGUAUUGUUCUCUCUUCAAAUGGGACAAAACACUGGACCACGUGCUUGAAUGAGAGCUCGUCAACAAGGCUGAAGUGCCCAUAGGUGGACAGUGGGGUUGUUCUUGGUGUGAUGUGCUGUGGUACGUGAGGGUGAGGCAAUGUUCUACCUCAUUGUUUUUAGCAAUACAUUUCCUUCCUUUUAAUACUUGCAUUUAAAGAGAUAUUGAUCUUGGACAGUGCACACCUCUGUUCCUUGCAAACAGGAGUCUGGAAGCAGACUUGUGCUGAACCUCAUGGAGCUCAUCACCUCACCUUGCACUGCUUUUGGAAGCUCAGGGGCUGUGUGUGUGAGGGCUGACAGAGCAGAACCCUCUCUGGAUACUUUGCCUGUCCUGGAGCUGACUUGCUGCAGGCCAGGAAUUCUGAAUGCAAGGCUGACAGGAGUCUGGUGUUCAUUUCCAGUGAUGUUGAGGUGGAUCUCGGUGUCACAUCACUCCAUACAGUUCUCAACAUAUGGAUCAGUUCUCUUCUUUACCUCUCAGAAUCGUGGUUCUGACUUUCCCCCUGGGGUUGUAAUGUGAAUUUCCCUUGACUUUUGUAGCAGCAUCCUGUUGGAGCUCGAGAGUUGUGGGUUUGCAAGAGGGGAGAAGCUGUGUCACCUCUCUGCCCUUAUCUUGCUAGCUGGGUUCUGCUCAGCACUGAUAUCUGGGCUGCAAGGUGUCUGGAGAGAUAAAAGCUAAUAGUAUGAAUGAACUGAACUUUAGGUGUGUCUUCUGGAUGCCUCCCAGACCCCAGGCACACAGCAGGUCUAUGGAGCCUGGUGCUCCUGGGGGGAAGGCAAUUUGGAGUCAUGGGUUGCAGUCAGAGCUCCCCGGGGUGAUCAGCCAUCCAAUAAAGUUGUAUUCUUGUUUUAAAAGGGAA